CUACUUUAGUGUGGGCCGGCACCAGAAGGAAAUUCUUUCCCGAGCUGUUCUCCAUCUUAUUGAACUCAAAAGUUUCCGGCGAGUUUUAUUGAUUCUGGGGAUUUCUGGUUCACUGCGCGCGCUCUGGUCAAGAGUGAAAAGAGCUUAUUCAAUGGCCAUAAUUCUCCGAAAUCUCUCGUCUUUCCGUCAGUGUCUUAUAUCACAGCCAUUGGGCUUAAGGAAUGGACUAGGUGGAGCUUUGACUCAUAUUCAGAUAUGUCACUUUGCUUCUAAAGGUAGGAAAAAGUCAAGUUCAGAUGAGAGUGACUCAGGAGAAGAGAACUUGUCCAAGAAAGACUUGGCUCUCAGACAAGCGCUAGAUCAAAUCACAAAGGCAUUUGGGAAGGGGUCCAUAAUGUGGCUUGGCCGUUCUGCCUGCCACAAACAGGUUCCGGUGGUAUCAACGGGAUCUUUUUCUUUGGAUAUUGCUUUAGGAGUUGGAGGACUUCCAAAGGGACGUGUAAUAGAGAUAUAUGGUCCAGAGGCAUCCGGGAAAACAACCCUUGCUUUGCAUAUAAUUGCUGAGGCACAAAAACAAGGAGGCUACUGUUGUUUUGUGGAUGCUGAGCAUGCUCUAGAUCCGACAUUAGCAGAGGCCAUUGGGGUAAACACUGGAAAUUUGCUUCUUUCCCAACCAGAUUGUGGUGAGCAGGCACUUAGUCUCGUGGAUACUCUGAUCAGGAGUGGUUCUGUUGAUGUGGUUGUAGUAGACAGUGUAGCUGCCCUUGUCCCAAAAAGUGAACUUGAAGGUGAUAUGGGAGAUCCACACAUGGCAAUGCAGGCUAGGCUAAUGAGUCAAGCACUGCGUAAAAUAAGCCAUUCUUUAUCUUUGUCACAAACCAUUUUGAUCUUUAUCAAUCAGGUGAGGGCAAAGCUCUCUACUUUCAGUGGAUUUGGAGGGCCUCAAGAGGUUACCUGUGGCGGCAAUGCUCUAAAGUUUUAUGCUUCAGUGCGUCUAAAUAUAAAAAGAGUCGGGAGCAUUCUUAAGGGAGAAGAGACAAUAGGAAGCCAAGUUUCUGUGAAAAUUGUGAAGAACAAGCUUGCUCCUCCAUUUAGAACGGCAGAAUUCGAACUUGUGUUUGGUAAAGGAAUAUGUAGGGAAUCGGAGCUCAUAUCGUUAGGCGUGAAACACAAGUUCAUUUCAAAGAUGGGGAAUGCAUAUUAUGGCAUGAACGGCCAGACCUUUCUUGGCAAAGAAGCUCUCAAGCAGCAUCUAGCCGAUGACAUUACUGCAAGAGAAGAUCUUAUUAUGAAAUUAAGGGAAAAGCUCAUUCAUGAUGGGGCCAAUAAAGACGCGGCUACUGCAGAGAGAACUGUGAAUGGCAACCACAUUGAAGAGAUUGUUUCAAGUGACUCCACUGAUGAUGAAACUGCUGCUGCGGCAUGAAAGCCUAUGCGUCUGAAAUCAUCGGAUUUGUCAUCAAAUCAUCUGAAAUCGUACGUUUAUAGCAAAGCACCUAACUCACGGUCUUCUAGGCUAGAUCUGAUCGGCGUAUACAUAUUGCUCUCUAACCAUAGUAGCUUAAUUGAUCAAAACUUUUCAGACUCAUGAGGGUGUACUAGGGGUUCUCCAUGUUGGUUAAGGGUGCUGUUAAUUUUGUUGAAACCCCUAUUGUGGGGUUCUACCUUACUUUUGAUGUUA